GCUGAGGCCGCGGCGUGCAGGCAGCAUGUAUGGUUUUGUUAUUUCGCUUUGUGUGUUACCCGUUUUGUAAGAGUUGUAGAUUUACUUUUGUCGCUUAAACGGAAGAACACUCAAGCCGCAUUGGUUUUAUUAACAUUAGCUAACGUCAGCUAACGUAAGCUGUCCAGGUGUAUGAAUGACUUUUUUGUCAGCGCAGGCCUGACUCUGUUUGGCUAACUAACAUGGUAAUGAGCUCGCCAUUGCGAUGCUAAAGUUUUUGUUGCAUGUAUCCCCGCAACCACUCGGCCCACCUGUAACCAACUGUGUUUGUCGAUUGAAGAAAAACAUGAAGAAGUCCGUGUGAGUGUUUGAGUGAAAGUGCACCAGUGACGAGGAGGGUCUUUUAAGUGAUCAGUCACACCUCUGGAACACUGACAUAAUGGAAUGUGCAGUGGACAUUCCUUCAGGUGAGGAUGAGGCACUUGACAGAGAUGAAGUGAAUGCCAAGGAAGGGAACGAGACACUACAUAAGAAAAACAAGAAGCACAGAAAACACAAGAGCAAGAAGAAGAGGAGGAGGAGGAAGGGCGAGAAGGAGAGCAGUUCUGAGUCUGGUGCCGAGUCUGAUGUAGAACCACCACCUCCACCAAGACCUGUCAGGACCACUAGAGCCAGUGCCAGACUUGCAGCAGCUUCUGCGACUGGAGACCAAGCCGAACCUAAGGAGGAGGCCAAAAGGGAUGGGAUCACAGAUCGUGUUGAAACAGAGGGAGAUGCAAAAUCCAAGAAACACAAAAGGCACGCUGCCAAGAAGAAGAAAAAGAAGAGGAAGAAAGAUGAAAAGCAAGACAAAAAAUCUCCGUCUCGUUCCCCUUCUGAAAGCAGCUCAGCCUCUGGCUCUGACUCCGAGGGAGAAGGAGGGAAAGGAUCUGGGGAUUGCAAAUAUUCUUCAGCAGCAGCACCUGACUUGCAAGAACCAGUGUCUAAACUGAUGCCCAAAAGCAAACGAGGGGAGGAGAAGGUGGCUCCCAUCUUCACCCAGAAGCCUGAAGCGCUGGCAGUAAAGGAGGAGACAUCAGAUGUUGAUGUUUCCCCAGCUGGAGGAAAAGGCAGUAACAACAAUGGGUCAAUAAAGGACAUGAGAUCGCCAUCUGCAGGCAGGGAGGACAUGACACAGGCAUCAGCAGUAAAGGUUAAGACAGAGGGUAACCAUGGGGAUGGUGGAUUCAGCCACGCUCAAGAACUCCCAGAUAUUAUUCCCAAACAGGAGGGUUCUACACCACGAGAUGACCCUAGCCUGAAAGAUCAGGCCAACAUAGUUCAGAGGGCAAAAGUUAAGGAGCGAGAUUCCUCCAGGUCCAGGUCUCGUUCCACUUCAAGAGGCCCAGACAUCAAGAGGUCUGAGUCUAGACAAAGUCGGUCACCAACACCCAGUCCUGAUAGGCGACAGUCUGGUCAGACAGCAGCAGUCAAAGAACGAUCAAGAACCCAUUCCAGAUCUCCCUCAAAGGGGACGCGAUCUACAUUUCCCUUGAAGAGCAGACGACUGUCCCGUUCCCAGUCCCGCUCUCAGUCUCCUAAGUCAGAGAGGAAGUCCGUCUCCCAAUCCCCUAAACCUCCCAAAAGACUUAGCCACCGGUCCCGGUCCACCUCGCCCUCCCCCACCCCGAGGAGGAAAAAGUCCAAGUCUCCCAGGAGAGUCAGACACCCAUCUCCAUCUCCUAAACGCCGUAGGAGCUCUGUAUCACCUUCCCCAAAGCGAUACCGCAGUUCUCCCUCUCCCAAGAGGAAACUGUCCAGAUCCCCUAAACGUAGUGGGCGCAGGUCCCCCUCCAUCUCUCGCUCUCCAAGGAGAAAUCGAAGGUCAAAGUCCCGAUCUCGUGGUGGUACCAGGCGCUCCAGGUCCCGCUCACCUAGACGCAGUGGUGCUCUUAGCAGGCGUUCGCGUUCACGUUCCCCCACAAGAGCGCGCCGCUCACGCUCUAGAUCCAGACGUCCACUUCGCCGCUCUUGGUCACGCUCACCCACAAGGCGCGGAGGAGGCAGGCGUUCCAGAAGUCGCUCUGUGUCUCGCCGCAGGAGGUCCCCACCCCCCAGAGCCCGCCGCUCGCGGUCCCGGUCGAUCCGAAGGAUCAGGCGGACCCGAUCACGUUCCAUUGUAAUCCUCAGGCGCAACCGCCGCUCCAGAUCCAGGAGUCCUCGCAAAAGGACCAAAUCCAGAACACCUCCCUUGCGCCGCCGGUCCAAAUCCAGGUCUCUGGGUAGAAGGCGGUCUCGGUCACCUGCCAGGCGAAACCGUUCUCCGCCGAGGACUGGUAGACGCUCCAAGUCCCGAUCACUGUCUCGCCGUCAUCGAUCCAAGUCACACUCACCACUGCCUGGCAGGAGGAGAUCCAAAUCUCCCAGGAAAACUAGGAGGACAAAGUCGAAAUCUGCCUCCCCUGGCUUAAACAGAUCUAGGUCCCGGUCUGGGUCAAGUGACAGGGGGUCUGACAGCGCCUCCCCAGCUCGCUCCACAUCAUCCUCACCUGUUAAAGAGAGGAAGCCCCUCCCAUCUCCCAGGGCAGAGCAGACCACCAGUGGGAAGGCAGCUGGGGAUGGCCUAGCAGUUCCAGCUGCAGCAGCAGGACCCUGGAAACCCCUGCCUUUAGCCAGUGCUCCCAGCCCUCAACUUGCAGGAUCUGACCCAUCUGGGAGCUCCUCGGUGCAGUUGCAGGACCAACCUCGGCCCCCUGCUCCCAACCACCACCAGAAGCAGAUGGAGGAUGCUGGCAGCUCAGGUAGCUCAUCUGAUGAACGAGAUGCUUCCCGGUCCAGGUCUGGUUCUCCUGAGCCCGGGACCGGCCCAGAUGUGUCAGAUGGUUCUGACGGUUCAGAUGGCUCUGAUGAAGAAGAGCAUUCUUCCACUCCUGUUAAAACACCAUCUAAACGCCAGCGAAGCUCCUCUGGGUCAGCUUCCCCAGGCCAGCAGAAGAAGCAGCUCUCAAAGUCGCACUCACCUGCUGCACACAGGAAGCUGUCGCGCUCCACUUCCUCCCCUCGACGAUCCACAUCUAAGACGGUGUCCAGAAGGAAGCAGUCCAGGUCAAAAUCUCCUGGAAGGAAGAGAGACUCCGUUUCUCCAUCAGAUAGGAAGAAGCGACGGUCCAAAUCCCGAAGUCCUGGCCGCCGCCGCCGGUCCAGUCGCUCACGCUCCACAGCACGGCGACGGCGGUCUCACUCUAAGUCACGAACUAGGACCCGACGGUCUAAAUCACGCUCCCCAGCUCGCAAAAGGAGAUCCCGCUCACCUGCUACCCGGGGGAGGAAGAGAUCCAAGUCCACAGACAGGAGCAAGCGUUCCAAGAGCCGCUCAACGGGUAGGAGGAGGAGGUCCAGGUCGGGAGAGAGGAGCAAGCGGUCCAGAUCUCGUUCCACAGACCGCAGGCGCAGAUCCAGAUCAAGGGGGCGAGGGAGGCGUCCAGUGUUUCGCAGUCGUUCAUUUGACCGACGAGACAGGUGGAAGAGGGAACCAAGCCACUCUCCGGUUCUUAUCCUUCGGAAGCAGCGCCGCUCAGGGUCCCGUACACGGCGCAGCACCAGCAAGACACCUCCACGGCUCACCGAGCUGGAUAAGGACCAGUUACUGGAGAUAGCCAAGGCCAAUGCUGCAGCCAUGUGUGCAAAGGCUGGAGUGCCCAUCCCUGAGAGCCUUCGGCCAAAAGGCAUCCUCCAGCUCCCUUUACCUACUCCGCCCACUGCCCCCCUCUCCCUCCCGCUACCUUUACCUCUCCCAAUGGGCAUGGGGAUGCCCAACAUGCCUAAUAUGCCCAACAUGCCCAAUAUGCCCAACAUGGGGCCAAUGGGCAUACCCAAUAUUCCAGGAAUGCCCAACAUGUCAAAUAUCACCAUGAGUGCUGCUAUGGCAAGUAUGACAGCAGCUACCAUGACGGCUGCCCUGACCAACAUGGGUGCCCUGGCAGCUAUGCCCCCCCUCGCCCCACUCCCUACUAUCACCAACAAGCCCCCCCCUUGCCUUGCACCCCCAGCCCCAACCCUCAACUUGGACCACAUAGAGGAGGUGAAGAGGAAGGUCACCCAGCAGGCCAACAUACAUACCAUCAAGGAGCUCACGGAGAAGUGUAAGAUGAUCGCAAACAGCAAGGAGGAGAUGGCUAUUGCCAAACCCCACAUCUCGGAUGAUGAGAGCUAAAACCUCCGCACCUUCACGCAACUCCCCCUACUGGACUGGAUAAACAAUAAAAAUACAAAACACGCUUUACUGGAGGACUUACCCUUCCCACAGUUCCCGGCAGCCAGGUCACCUGACUGAGCCUCCUAAGCCACCAAGAAGAAGAGCGCCCUAGUUGUCAUGGUUACAAUACAGGAGCACCGGCACCAGCCACUGCCCCACUUAGCUCUCCCUUUUUGUGUGUGUGUGCGUGUGUGUGUGUGUGUGUGUGUGUGUGUGUGUGUGUGUGUGUGUGUGUGUGUGUGUGCGUGUGUGUGCGUGUGCGUGUGUGUGUGUGUGAGUGAGUGUGUGAGAGAAAGACACUGCGAGUUUGUGACCUGUGAUACCACUGAGGAAACUGGACACACUGACUUGUGUGCACAGUAGCUUGACUGUAUAACGAGUGUGAGUCUGUGAGCGGAUGUGUGUACAUAGUGACUUUAAACACCAACCCCUCAGUAUUGCUGCUCACACAAGCAGUCGCUGUGGGUGAACAACUGAAGAGGAAACAAACCAAACAGACUAGUGGCGCAGUUGCUUUUGUAAAAGAUUAGUUUCUCUAAAUAUGUUGUACUUUUAUGCUUUCUUAAGGAUUGUGUUGAAUGGCGACCACUUCCACACUGUCCCCUCCCCCACCCCUCCCAAUAUUGUCAUGGCGGUUACAAGCCCCUGGUUUUUCAAGCAAAUAAAUUCACAGGCGAACUUUUUGUGGAUUCUUGCAUGACAAACAAAUCUGUUUUCACAAGCCCGGGUCUCCACGACACACGAGUGAUUGUAUGGUUUGGAGCAGCGUUAGAGUCCUUGAUCUGACCAUUUUGAAGGAAGGGAAUAACUGAGUUUUCUGGUCGCAGAGAGAGGAAAGGUUAGGUUCAAUUUGAGUUAGGGCAGAAAUUUACAAAACAUAGCUAUAACUCAGUCAGUACUGCCCUGGGUAUGGCUUUCCAUAUGUGGUACCAAGUUAAUCUGUAAUUCUGUCCUGGUCUUUCAAUUCAGUUUUGUUAGAUUUUUUUUUUUUCUUUUUUUCCAAAUUUUGCUCUUUAGAUCUCUACCCAAGUGAUUUUUUAUGUAAUUUGUCCUUCACCAAAAUGGUUAUCAUCAUAUAUGUUUGCCUUAUUGAAAGAAACAUGCCUGCAUGUACCUCUAAAAGGAAUUCAUCAGCCCAGUUUGACAGCUAAAAUCUAGACAUGCAGAAUUUUCCUACUUUCCAGCAAGCUAAAAUUAAAUUUUCAGAUGGUGCACAACGAGCAUUUCAUAGCUUAUUGUUGAAUUUGUUCUUGUUCUUGAAUGGCAACAGCCUCUGUAAAUGUACGUAUUGUUUUCCUUCCGGGUUUGGUUGUCCAAGAAUUUGACAUGUGAAUCCGGUUCUGUUUAGCAGUCUUGUUUAAAUUCCUGUAUAUCUGAACUUGAAUACAGAAUAAUUGUGAGUAAAAAACAAUUGUCAAAUGAUCAUAUCACCUCCAGAAUCUGAUCAGCUGAUUCUUGGGCCACCAAAUUGCAGCCAAAACAAUUUGUAAGUUUGAGCUGUGCUGCUAACAGACAAAACAAACAGGGGUGAAAACAUUAGCUUUUUCCCAACUUUGUUUUUGGGGAUAAUUCUUGUUUUUGACUGAGUUCAAACAUGGGUGAAUGCACAAAAAUCAGCCUGCAUGUUUUCAAAUAUUUUUGCCAUUCUGUUAUUGUAACUUUAAAUUAUUAAAAUUUAAUUUCCCAUGUUAACUUGUUUUUGCGAGGCGAACAUAACAGCAUCAGUCCUGUUGUGAUUGCCUCAGAGCGUAAAGUAGCAAGAUCGCUUAUGGCAUUUCAGUCUAGUCGAGUAUAUCUCAAGCUAUGAUGAGCCUCUAACGUUUUUGUUCACAAUAUGCAGUUUUUGCGUGUAUUGUGCAUUGGACAAUCAGGAUCUUGGCUGUCAAGAUGCUUUGUGGGAAACCACCCCUUGUCUGUUCAUAAGAUUAAUGUUCAUGUCAGAUGGCGGCCCAGGAACCCAACAAGAUAACUAGUCUCAGGUUUGCAUUUGUGUUCCAAGGCCCUUAAACGACACCACGCAGCUGUGUCCUGUUUGCUUUUGGGGUGUUAAAGAACCAUAACUACAUGGUGAAACUUACACAACUUGCUGUAUUUGACUCUAGUUGCGGUUGGCUGAAGCAUUGUAGUUAUUCAUUUUUAAUUUUUUUUUAGUCCCAUUAAACACAGAGAUUAACUUGGCAAAAAAAGGUGGUAUAUGGACAACUUUUUAAGACAGUGGAGAUGGGUAAUAUUGCCACAACCUAAAGUGGUAAAAUGAAUUGCUCUGGAUAACAGGAUAUACAAUAAGGAACAAAAGUACAAUGGGUUAUAAUCACCAAAAAAAUUCCAGUUUUCCUGGCCCAGUUUUUUCCAUUUUUUUAUGUGAACUGUGUCUGGGCAAUCAGAAUUGUACUUCAACUAUUUUUCACAUUUGGAUUAAUGUAGAACAAAGAUGACCUUUGUGCAUUUGGGAACCCUGGCAGGGAUUUUUUUUUUUUUUUUUUUUUAAACACUUUUGGAUAGAAUUCCCAUUCAGUUCCAGUGGAUAUUCUGAUUUUCCUCAUUCCCAUUUCCUGGUUCACAAUGUUCCCAGCUUCUCUGUGUUGUCCUCCCAUCUCCGCCUGGCCCAGGGCUGUAUAACUGUGGAAGAAAAUCUGUGAAGGUUUUGUCAAACUGUACCUAUAGUGAUUCUGUACCUAUAGUGUUUAAUUGUUGAAUUGAAUCCCUGAGGUAAUCUUUAGCUAUUUUAAUGACAGGAAAAAAAAGAUGCAUUUUAGGAUUUUUUUUUCUUUUUUUUGGGUCAGUUGGAUAUGACAUGGCUUGCUUUGUACAUAAAUGUGUUGAUGAUUAUUAAAAACCUCAAAAAUGGUCUCAUUUAA